UAGGCCAUAGGCAGCCGGCCGCAGAGCGACCUCCUCCAUCCAUCCCGUCUGCCGCCGGCGCCGAUCUCCAUCCUGCGAGCAGAGCAGAGGUGGCGCCGUCGCCGCAGAGGAGCGGGAGCAUGGCCGGAGGCGGGAGGAUGCCGUUGUUGGGAUGGUGGCUGAUGCUGGUCGGCUCCCUCCGCCUCGCCUCCGUCUGGUUCGGCUUCUUCAACAUCUGGGCGCUCCGUGUUGCCGUCUUCUCCCAAACUGACAUGACUGAAAUACAUGGUCGCACUUUUGGGGUCUGGACACUUUUGACCUGUACUCUGUGCUUUCUGUGUGCAUUCAACCUGGAAAACAGACCUCUCUAUCUGGCCACUUUCCUGUCCUUCAUCUAUGCUCUUGGUCAUUUCCUCACCGAGUACCUGAUAUACCAUACUAUGGCUGUGGCAAAUCUGAGCACUGUUGGCUUCUUCGCAGGGACAUCGAUUGUAUGGAUGCUGCUUCAAUGGAAUUCACAUGGGAAAUCUCGUGGUUCUCAAUCUGUUAAGCAGUCAUGAGUGGUAGUAUUUGCUUUGCCAGUGAUGUACACAGUGUAGGAAUCGGGAUGCUUGAAGAAACAUCACAGACGGCCUUUUCCAUGUGGUUCAGUGACACAUUAUUUCUAUGUACUUUGCCCCCUUAUUUUUUUUAUCAAAAAAAUUGGUUGUAGCUUGACAAAUGAGAAACCAUAACAAUAAUAAUAGCUCAAUUCUUGAAAUUGUAACGUUGUAACCAUAGGGGGGUAGAAGUUCUGUAUCCAAUCCAUCUUACAGGUACCUGAACCUGAUGUUGCACUUUCUCCUCUCUGGUACUAAUUCUACUAUACUAGUAAAAUAGUACAGUAGCAGUCAGUAUGCACUCUGGAAGCUAUUUACUCUGAUGAUGAUUUAUUUACUCGCACUCUGGAA